UAAAAAAAAAAAAUUACCCAACAUUUUUCUGGUAUUUUCUAUAAAUCCGACAUUAUUUUUUUUUUGGUGAAAUUUAAAUAUUAUCCACCUUCACAAUAAAUUUUGAAUUAACAUACAAGCGGAUUAACAUUGGCGGGGCGCUCUUUCAGGGCGAUUCACAAUAACGCUGGAAACUCUUACAGACAAGCUCAGCUAAGUGAAUUUAUUUUUGCCAGUUUCUCAACGAGAUCAGAAGCCAAUGUGAGCGGUUGCGGCCUCCAAAAGAGAUAAGCCAAUCAUCAGUACAAAAUUGUACGCUUUAGCGUGCGGUCCACGAUUUUAAACCAAAAAAAAAGAAAGAAAAACGAAACUAAUAUUUAAGUCAAGAAGUAAAAAAAGAAAAACAAAACAAAUAACGGUGUUAAGCGUAAAAAUAAGAAAAUAAAAGAAACGACGUGAGCUUUACGAAAAAGAAAUCCAUAAAAAAUAAAAUAAAUUUUCGUUAAAAAAAAUUAAAAAUAAAAAAAACAAAAUCAUAAUGUCUCCUCAAAUGGCAUGUUGAGUAAUAAAAAAAUAUCAACGAAAACAGAUUUCAUCAUAACUGAGAUUGGGAAAUACAUUUUUGCAUAAAUCGACAACGGCAACGAGAAACAUCAUCAAGGCAAUUUGUGAUUGGUAUCAUCAGCAGCCACUUGCCGAACUCAGCUCUUCAUUUUUUUUUUUUUGCUUUGGUGGGAUUAACAAAAACCAACAACAACGGCCUCAAGAUGACUUGUGGCAUAUCUUGUGUGGACAAGACGUUAAAUAAAACCUUCUUCUACCUGGGUAAAUUCAUUGCCCGCCAUCCAGGAUAUUUUAUUAUUGUGCCAAUACUAUUAACGUUACUAUGCAUUACGGGUUAUCAACAAUUAAAAUAUCAAAUCGAUCCAGAAUAUCUCUUCUCACCCAUCAAUGGUGAGGGCAAGGCGGAGAGGGCCAUAGUUGAACAGUAUUUUAAGGUUAAUUAUACGCAUCGCUUCAAUGUUGGACGUAUCACAAGACCAGGACGUUUUGGUCGGGUAAUUGUCAUACCAAAAGAUGGCAAUGACAAUAUGAUACGACGCGAGAUCUUCAAGGAGUUACGUCAAUUGGACAACAUCAUACAGAAUGCAACGGUGACAUAUGACGGCGAGACGUUCACGUACAAGGAUGCCUGUGCCCGGUGGGAGAAUGAGUGCUUCGAAAAUGAUAUUUUGAAUUUGGAUUACAUUAUGGAUGAUAUCGAAUCUGGUGAAUUGAAUUUAACCUUUCCCCUGAUGUUCAAUCCCGUCACAUGGGAUGCCCAUGCCUUUCCGGUAUUUUUUGGUGGUACCAAAAUCACCGAGGACAAUAUUAUCAUCAGUGUGCCAGCGAUACAAUUGGUGUAUUUUGUGACAGCGGAUACCAAACGGCAAGAUGAAAAAGGUGCCGAAUGGGAAGAAACAUUUUUGCGUGUGGUAGGUGAUGCCGAAAACACAGGGCUUUUCAAACACAUAUCGGUGGCCUAUUUUGCCUCCAGGACCCUGGAUCAUGAGUUGGAAAAGAAUACACAAACUGUGGUGCCCUACUUUAGUUCCACCUUCAUUUUGAUGGCCUUGUUCAGUGUCAUAACCUGUAUGAUGGGUGAUGCGGUGCGUUCCAAACCCUUUCUGGGUCUGAUGGGUAAUAUUUCAGCUGUUAUGGCCACUUGUGCUGCGUUCGGUUUGGCCAUGUAUUUGGGUAUUGAAUUUAUUGGCAUUAAUUUGGCGGCUCCAUUUUUGAUGAUUGGUAUUGGCAUUGAUGACACCUUCGUUAUGUUGGCGGCCUGGCGUCGGACCUCUUUGAAAAUGUCCGUACCCGAGCGCAUGGGCCACAUGAUGUCUGAGGCUGCGGUGUCCAUUACCAUUACCUCUUUGACCGAUUUGAUUUCCUUUUGGAUUGGUGUCAUCAGCCCUUUCCGGUCAGUGCAAAUCUUUUGCAAAUAUUCCGUUUUGGCAGUGGGUUUCACAUUCCUGUGGCAUGUUACCUUCUUUGCCGCCUGCAUGGCCAUAUCGGGUUAUAGAGAGCAACAAAAUCGUCAUGCUGUAUUCGGUUGCAAGGUCCAGCCUCUAUCGGUGGCCAUAAAAGAAAAACGCAACAUUUUCUAUCGAGCCAUCAUGUCGGGUGGCAUUAAUCGCCAGGACCCCGACAAUCCCACCGACAACAAGGACCAUAUUCUAAUGAAAUUUUUCCGUGACAAUCUCUCGGCCAUCAUCAACAACAACUGGUGCAAAUUCUUGAUUAUUUUGAUCUUUGGUGCCUAUUUGGCUGGUGCCUGCUAUGGCAUUACCCAAAUCAAGGAGGGCCUGGAACGACGCAAGCUAUCACGUUCAGAUUCUUAUUCAGUAGAAUUUUUCGAUCGUGAAGAUGAUUAUUAUCGGGAAUUUCCAUAUCGCAUGCAGGUCAUCAUAACGGGCGACAUCAACUACUCCGAUCCCAUUAUCCAAGACGAAAUCGAAGAAUUAACACGAAAUCUGGAAAAUACCUCGUAUGUCACCUCCUCCCUCUAUACCGAAUCAUGGAUACGCUCCUUCCUAUCCUUCGUGGAUCGUAACAAUGACUAUUUGAAUCUGACUCUGGACACGGAACAGGAAUUCAUUGAAGCUGUCAAGGAACAUUGGCUCUUCCCGGGAAAUCCUUUCUCCUUGGAUGUGAAAUUCAAUGAAAAUGGCACCAAGAUUCUAGCCUCCCGCUUCCUCAUACAAGCUGUAAAUAUUACGGAUACCAAUCAUGAAAAGGUUAUGGUUCGUGAUUUGCGACAAAUUUGCAAAGACUCACCGCUGAAUGCCACCAUUUUCCAUCCGUACUUUGUGUUCUUCGAUCAAUUCGAAUUGGUGCGACCCACCUCCAUUCAGUCCAUGAUUAUUGGUGCCAUUAUCAUGAUGAUCAUCUCGUUUAUUUUUAUACCAAAUAUUUUGUGCUCCCUGUGGGUGGCCUUCUCUGUGAUAUCCAUUGAAAUGGGCGUGGCUGGCUAUAUGGCCUUGUGGGAUGUGAAUUUGGAUUCGAUUUCCAUGAUUAACCUGAUCAUGUGCAUUGGCUUCUCGGUGGACUUUACGGCCCACAUUUGCUACACGUAUAUGUCGUCGAAGAAGAAGAGUCCCAAGGCCAGGGUACGUGAGGCCUUCCAUUCGUUGGGUCUGCCAAUUAUACAAGGUUCAAGUUCGACGAUUUUGGGUAUUGUGGCCUUGUUGCUGGCCCAGAGCUAUAUUUUCUUGGUGUUCUUUAAAAUGGUGUUCCUGGUUAUUUUCUUUGGUGCCAUGCAUGGUUUGUUCUUGUUGCCGGUGUUGUUGUCACUGUUCGGACCCGGCUCCUGGCAGACAUGGACAGGAAGGGACAAGGGCAAUGAGGAUGAAAUCGAUGAAAUUGAUGGCAAAAUUAAGCUGGCCAAGAUGGAUAAGAACUUUGCCAAUGCCUUUUAUUUGCCCUAUGCCUCCAAUGUGGCUGGUGUGAAUGGUUUUACAUCCAAGGGCUUCUUGGGAGCUCCUUACAAGGCCUAUGGAGAUGAAAAAGAUUUGGGUAUUGGCACAUCGGGAGAAGAUUCCUCGGAGAGUAGCUCAUCUAGAUCUCAAAGGCGCCAGGCAUUGGAAGAUGAAACAACCCAAAGACGCUAUGAGGAAGGAUGGAGAAAAUCCUCCUAUCAUGAUUUGUUUGCCAACAGCACCCCAGCCCAGUUUGCUGCCCACCCGGCCCUGUACAAUCAAAAGGUUACAGCCCAUGAAUGGCGUACCCGCCUGGAGGAGCAUCAAGAACGUAAACGCCAGCCAAAUGGAGAACGUUAUGCCUAUGAUAAUUAUGGAGCUGAUUUGCAAAGACGCCAUGGCGAAUUCGUGGACGACGAAGAGGUGGAGCCAAGACGCCAUUUUACCCCUACCUCAUCGUUGGAUGAACGUUCACGACGUAAAUAUCGUUCAGCCUUGCCACGUGUGAGUGCCGGGGGUGCUGGCGGCAGUGGUGAUGAGGCCAACUAUCAUCAACAAGAACCGUCACAACUUGCCACCGCCUCAGCCAAGCGUUAUCAACGACGACGUUCCUCCGACGAAUCGACUCGACAUUUCCAACGUUGGCCCACGUCCAAUAUAGAAGAGAGAUUUAUGCGUCGCCAUUCACCCUCCCGCAAUCAUAGCCAUGAAGAUGGUGAUUAUCCCGCCAAUUAUCGUCCAGAGCCACCCAGACGUUCCUCGUCCCAUCACAAUCUCUACUAUCCCAAUGGCCAAAGUAAAACAUCGCAGCAACAACAACAGCCACCAAAAUAUCAGUUUGGCUAUAACCACUGAUAUUUUAGAGUAGGUAAAAACGUCUAGGGUCAUCAUUUCGCCCCAAGGAGUGAAAAUGUGUUUUUUUUAAUUUCGUUUAGGAAUGCCACAUAAGAUGUGGCGUUAGGAUUUUGUCAACUAUUACAAAAUAUUAUUUUAUUUUAAAUGUAAUGUAAUUAAUUUUGUUAAAUUAAUUAAUUUUUUUUAGGAGACUUUUUUAUAUAUAUAUGCAAUGCCUAUUGUAAAUUGAUAUGAUAUGAUUUGAGCCAGGAUCAAGGAAACCUUUAGGAAAACCAAGCAACAAAAAAAGCAAAAACUAAACAAAAUAUGUAAUAUUAGUUAAUAAUUUCUUUAGAUUUUAAGUUUAGGAAAAACGCACAUUAAAAAAUGAAGAAAGGUAAAGGGCCAGGGGAUAGAUUUCGGGCGAGUCCAGAAAGUUUCUUCAAGAUUUGUCUUGAGCAAUUAAAAGGAGAAGGUUUAAUUAAAGAGAAACAGAGUUUUUGAGUAGGAGAAAUAAAGAAAGAGCACGACAAAUCAAAUAUCUCUUUCCAUAGAUAGACAAGUAUGCACGCUAGCGUUGCUCUCUUUUAUACUCUUCAUGAGUAUGACAUCAACAAACAGACAUACUCGAAUAAUUUUCUACAAUUGUUUUUAUAAAAUUUUUUUUUUGCUUCUUUUUUUAUAUUUUUGCUUAAAAAUUAUUAAAUUAAUUGAAAUUCAACGCAGAAAAGUUAUUUCAAAAUUCUCUUAAGAAUGUCUCUUUCAUAUAUUGCCCAUCUAUGCUCUUUCUAUCUUUUUUAUCAUCACUCUGUUUUCCCCUGUGUACAAAAAUAUUCAUUUUGGCCUCUCCUCAAAGGUUCUCAAAUGUGUUCUCCUCCUUUUAAUGGCGGCCACUGAGUAAUUCAACAAAUCUCUCUCAUCGAAAGAGAAACAUGCGAAUGUUUAUAUAAGAAAAUUGCCUUUAGAAAUAACGUAACAUUACUUAGGCCGUCAAAAUCGUCAAUUAGUCUUGUUAUAUAAAUGAGACACAGAAGGAACACUAUAUAUAAAUUUUUCUUUCUCCUUUUUAUCAUAACAUUCAGUUUUCCCCUCUUUGAACAAUGUUUACUUCAGGCUCUCCACAAACAAAGACUCCCAAAUGUGUUCUCUCUCUCUUCCUUUUAUAACUGCUACUGAGUAAUUCAACAAAUCUCUCUCAUCGGAAGAUAAAUAUUUGAAUAAUUCAUAAAGGAGAUUGCCGUUAGGAAUAGCUGACAAGCACAUUAUUAUACCAGGUUCACACAUAUGGAAUUUUUAAUGCAUGGUAUGUUAAGCAGUCUGGGUACACUUCAAAUCGGCUAUUCAAAUGUGGAAUUAAACUAUAUUUUUGAAUAUUUAAAAAUUGAUCACUUCAAGAAACAUAUGGAAAAGAACCAUGAACGUUUGAAAACAUUGAUAUGUCAAUUUUUUUUGAUGAUUUUUCAAAAAUAAGUAAAUUUUUAUAUAUUUUCUUAUACGACGCUAUCAGAGGUUACUAAGAUAUGUAUUUUUAUUCUUUUUUACAAAUUUAAAUAAUUUUUCAUUCAAAAUUUUCAAUUCCAAAAUGGAUUUGACAGUCCAUUGUCCCAUCAGCUGUGCCGAUGCGACUACCUGUAUUCUUCUACCAUGGAGAACAACGUUAAAUCAACUACGGAUUAUAGUGCCCUAACUAAAACUCGGUUUACAUGGUAGAAGACAACAGGUGGUAGCAUCGACGCAGCUGCUGAGACAAUGAACUGUCAAACCAAUUUUGAAAUUAAAACGUUAAAUGAAAAGUUAUUCAAAUUUGUAGAAAUUGUUGAAAUAUGCAUAUCAUAACAACCUCCGAUUGAUAUCAUACAAGAACCCUUAUAAAAAUCUACUAAUUUUUGAAAAAAACGUUUUUAAAAUUUUGACAUAUCCAUAAUCCCAAGCUUUUAUGCACCUACCCGUAUUCUUCUACCAUGAGCUCUCCCCAAAGCAAAUGUUCUCAAAUGUGCUCUCCCCAUUUAUAAUGGAAAUUCAAUGAGUAAUUCAACAAAUCUCUCAUCGAAAGAGAAAUAUUUGAAUAAUUCAAUAGGGAAAAUACGGUUUGGAAUAGCUGACUAGCACAUUAUUAUACCAGGUUCACACAUAUGGCAUUUUUAAUGCAUGUUAUGUUAAGCAGCCAGGAAACACUACAAAUCAGCUACUAAAAUUACAUAUUUUCAUUGAACCAAUGUGAUAUUGGUUUAGGUUUAAAUCUUUGAAGACUCGAAAUAGGAAAUAGAUUUUGGCCAAGCCAAUGCUAUUUCAAACAAAAAAAAAAAAAUCCAAACAUCCCCUGGCCUAUUAUUAUCAUUUAGAAAACAUAUUCUAAAAAUAGUUUAAAUUUGAAAAUUUAUUUAUAAAAAAAACUAAAUUUUAGUCUAUAUAUAUUUAAUGUUUUAUAUAAAUAUUAUUUUAUAACCAUUUACUUUUUUUAAUUUGGUAAGAGCGAAUAGAUUUUAAUUCUCUUAGGGAAUUUCAAGCUAUUUUCAGUCAUUUUCCUGUCGUUUCCUUUUUAUUUUGAAAAAUAAAUUUCCCAUGUUUUCCAUUUUCCCUUGUAGAUAUUUCAAAACAGAAUUCGUGAGUGUGUUCAGUAAUAUUUUUUCUGAAGCGAAAAAAUAUUAUGUGAUCUAAAACAAAUUGGGUUUCUUUCAUUCCUCUGCAAAAAAAAAAUUAGUAGACGUAAAUUUAUAAAAUUAGAAAUGUAUUUUAAAUUUUAGUAAAAACAAAAACAAAAUAAAUACUCAUGCAUACAUUUUCCCCCAAAAUAUUUAAGCAUAAACAAAAAAAAUCAAUUUCCAUUAAAUUUUUUCGGUAUUAGAAUUAAAUAAAAAAAAAUAAAUAAUUUUUUUAAAUGUAUAUUUGCAAAUAAAUACAAAAAAAGAACAGAUAAAAAGCAUCACAAGAAAA